GUCGUGCAAAAGUGAGUUACAGUAAUUUGGCUUUAGAAACUGUUAUUUUUCUCCCUUUAAUUGGAAUGGUAUCUGUUUCUGCCUGCAUCAGGAUUUCCCUGUAUGUGCAUAAGGAUAUUCUUAAGAUGCAUUUCACAGCAUUGUCAUAAAUGUUCAUGGGAAGUUUGCAACACGUCUAUUUAUCACGUUUUCCGUAUUUUAUUGUUAUGACGUUACCUAAUUGUAAUAUUUCAAAAUGUUACUGCCUGAUGAUAUUUUAUUAUUUCAAGUAUAGUGUUAGUCAAGACUUUUCCUCAUGGGGUGGCAUAUUCGAACUGAAAAAAAAAAGAAAAAAAAACUUUACAAAUAAAGCAAAAGGCAAAACUUAAACAGAAUGGAAUGCCUGUCACAAAGGAACAUGGCUAAAGUUGACGUAUAUAAAUUGACUGUGCUGUCAUUCAACUUCCAAUAUUUACAUUCGCCCUAUUAAAUUAUGACGUUCAUUUUAUAUGAACAGCAAAAGGAAAGGCAUUAAUGUUACGUCAACGCUGCUUAGUGAUAAUGAGCCGCUGUUUUUACGACGUCCGCGUAUAGUCUAUAGUCAAAGAAAAACGUUCCUUAGAUGACGUCCCUGUUGUUCCGUCUGGUGAACAAAGUGACCGGAAAGCUGACUUUAAUGUUAAAUGCAACAAAAUGUGUGCAAUUUGUAAUUUACAAAUGUUUACAAAUAAAACGGAAAUAUAAUGUACUAAAUAUAAGAAAUGAAACUUUUUUUCAGAGAAAACCAAAAAAAAAAUUUCAUUUCUUAAAUAUAUCUUUUGAAAUCUCCAGAGUCUCAACAAAUAUAUACUCUGGAUACAAAAAAUAACCCCGAUGGUGCAAAAUAUAUAUACACAAUUACUCUAAACCUUGUAUCAAGUAAAGGAUUUAUAUGGUGGUAUGUUUAGGACUGGUGGUAUGUUUAGGACAUGCAUUUAUUUUUUUAAAGAUUAAAUCAUAUCUUAUCCAGUGCGCACGACAUCUUAUUUCAAACGCACGACAUGUUAUCUCGUGCUCACGACAUCUUAUCUCAUGCGCUUGACGUCUAAUCUCGUGCGCACGAAAUUUCAUCUCGAGCCCACGACAUCUUAUCUCGUGCGCACGACAUCUUAUCUCGAGCGCACGACAUUUUAUCUGUAUAUAUUAAGGCCCUUUUUUGUGUAUUCAGCUCUGACAAAAUACUGCUCUUGUAACUUUGAAUCAGCGAUGCAGCUGGAUAAAAUGGAUAUUAACAGAUAACAAUAUUGUCAGCUUCUUCAUUAACACAGCACGUCCGUUAUAAAUUUUAUGUAUUAUGUUGCAUUCAUAUACAGUCAUUUUUACGAACCUUACGUUUAAGAUUUCAAUUGUGUGGAAUAAACAGAGGCGAUAUCAAUGCUGGAAUCCUUUGAAAUAUUUGCCUCACCUUACAUGGAACCUUUAAAACCUAAGGGAAAGUGACCGGUGUUUGUAGAGAAAUUUAAUGCAUUUAAGUUCAGAGACAUCUCUAAGCUUAGCCAUAACCAGAAGACAAGCAAGUAGAUGAUGAAAAUAAGUAGAAAAACGGAUAAACAGUCAUUGAAGACCAACAGUUACUUUGAUGAUGUACAAAUAACAUUUAUGUAGCUGGUAAUAUGCAGGAUUGUGCAUAUUUGUUAAAUACAAUUUUACGGGACUGAAAACAGCAUGGGUUUUGACGAUAUCCUUUAUUUAACACUUUUAGAUCAUUCAAAAGAAUAUAAAAAUAAAAUCCUCUAUGUACACUUGAAGUCAUUAUCGCCCUAUUUACAAAUCUUCCUCUUUGAUAAUAAUUCAAGUGUUGCAAGUAAACAUUUUGAUAACAUGAGUUAUCUUUCAUUUGAUAAUGUGCAUUGAAAACAAGGAAAAUUUAUUUAAUUAGAGGACUAAUCACAAUUUUUCAUUUACAACAAUUUGAGAUAAUAUUUAUUUAAGAUAUACAUACUUAAAAUUUUACAUAAAGGAAUUCUACCAGUAAGCUAAUAGCGAUUUAUAUAUGAAAUACCUCCCCGUAUACAUUCAAUCAAUAUAUGUUCAUCCUUCAGGGAUUGUUAUAAAAUGAGGAGUACUUUAUACUGCAUUGAAGGUUCUGUCUGGUUCAUUUUAGUAAUCCCGUCCUGUUGUACUUGUAGUCUAUGCUUGUGUUUGUAUUGUGUGCGUCUGCGUGCUGUAGGUUGAGCUUUGAGGAGGCUGCAUGUUUGAAACGUGGCAUUACUUGUUGGAUAUUCAUCCUUUUUAUAAUGAGACAUCUCUAAGCUCAGCCAUCAAUCAGAAGUCAGUUAGGUGAUGAAAAUAAGAGACAUGGCUUACUAGAAAAAUGGAUAAACAGCCAUUGAAGAAUCAUUAACUCCAACAGUUACUUUCACGAUGUACAAAUAAAUUUUAGGUUGAAAAUGCCGUCAGAAAUAAAAUUCAGUAUACUUGCAAUUAUUUGUAUCAUUGUUACAAGUAGCAUCAGCGUUGCCAUUCCGUACUGGAUUACUGCAGAUUAUACACUUCAGCAAGGUGAAACAAUCCAUGAAUAUGUAGGACUAUGGAAAGCAUGUGCUAACGCACCGGGUGAAUCAGUAUGUUCAUCGUUUACGGAUGUUAAAGACUUUGUGAAUGCCACUCGUGGUUUGAUAAUAACUGGUAUCAUUUUAUUCGGAAUAAGUCUUUUAUUCGCAUUUAGAAUCGCUGGAGAGGAUUCAAGGAUCACCUCAGCAAACAUGUGUAUAUUUUCACUUGUUGUAGGAGGUAUUCUUCUCUUUGUAGCCAUGAUCGUCUUCGGAACAAAUAUUGAUGAUCCCAAAGGCACGAUAUCGUAUGGCUCCGCAUUUUACUUACAGAUCCCGUCAGCAGUAUUUGCAUUUAUCGCUGCAUGCUUUGUUCACAGGUCAAAGCGGUCACACGGAUACGACGUAAUAAGCACAUGAGCCAAUCAAAAGGUGCAUCAAUUAGUUUAAGCUGACGAGAAUGAUAUUUCACAUUUGUCGAUAUUACAGUGAAGUUUUGACUAACGUUAGUAUCUGGCCUGGACCCAAACUUGAAUAGAACUAGAAUAGAUUUAGAUAAAAAUAAAUGCUAACUUCAGCUUAUGCUUGAAAUGUCA